UACAGCGCACAUUUCCCGUGAUAUCUAGAUACGCUUGUCAACGCGCUUUCCGUGAUAUCUAGAUACGCCUGUCCAUGUGAAAUUACUCGGUUUUCCAUGCCCUAUGUUGACUUUACCCAACGCAUGGUAUGGACCCAUCAGUCAGCCCACACCAAGCGGCCCCCAAUCUUUGCCACGAUUCCGUUUGCAACCAGCCGCCGACGCCCUCCAGCACCGAAUGCCACCAGAAAACAAACCAAAAACAAACCAAAAACAAACCAGAAAACAAACCAAAAACAAACCAAAAACAACAAAAGCAACAAAAGCAACAAAAGCAACAAAAACAACAAAAACAACAAGACCAACAAAACCAAAGGAAACAAUAUAUGCAAGGCCCCGGCACUAGAAACCCACGUGCCCUGGUUCCCCAGCCCGGGUUCGCCAGGGCCACUGGCCCCACGGCGCGGCCCUAAAUUACCUCUGGCGCCGCGGUAUUUCCAGGGCCGCGCA